CCUCCCUGAGGGCGGCCUCUCUCUCCGCCGGGAGGCAGGCCCAAGCCGGGGGCUCUCCGUGGCACUCCUGCCCAGGCGGACUCCAUGGAGAAGAGGCUGGCCGAGUUCCGAGCCGCCCGGCGAGGCACCGCCGCCGCCAGAGAGCCGAAGCGGCCUAAAAUGGCGGCGGCGAGGGAAGAGAAGAAGGAAGAGGAAGAGGCCCCGGUUGAGGAAUCCAGUCAAAGAACCGAAAAUCCCGAGGCCGAAGCUGUGAAGACCCCUUUGCCGUGGUGGACCAACUAUUUUUUUAUGAAUGUGACUUUUCUCAAGUUUCUUCUCUGGUUGGUGCUGUUCGGGCUGUUUGUGGAACUGGAGUUUGGUUUGGCUUAUUUUGUCCUAUCAAUGUUUUAUUGGAUCUAUGUUGGAACCCGUGGCCCUGGAGAAAGACAGAGUGGAGAAAAAAGUGCUUAUUCUGUGUUUAACCCAGGCUGUGAAGCUAUUGAAGGAACUCUCACCGCAGAACAGUUUGAGAGAGAACUACAAUAUUGGCCCUUGGCGGGGAGGUAACUGGUGUCUGUAUCAGUUGCUGCGUAUUGACUCAUCUCUUACCCAGCAAGCUGAAAAGAAUAUACCACUCUUCUUUACUUGAAGAAAAAUGGGGGGGGGGGGGGGGUUCCUAAGAAGACAUUUCUCAUCUUUGCAAGAAAAAUGUUUCAGCAAAAUAAUUGCAGCCUAGCUGCAAUUUCUGAUUCUAAUGCAAGUAUUUAAAGAAUGGUGGGAUUUUGACCUUCUCCAGUUAGUUAUUUGCCAUGGCCAAAUAAAGCAUACUGUACCUCU